GGAAAGGCGUAUUCACAAUUAUUUGAGGAUAAAAAUAAGAUAAUAACCGCCUAAAAUGAGUCUUAGGUUGAAAAAGAGUUGGAUAAAAAUGACGAAGUCCAGCGCUGCUGAUGACACUGGUGAAGAUAAAACCCAAGCAAAGGUAAAUGAUAUUGAGCGAUCUUCUGAUGAAGGUUCAGGCUCCGUUGAUCAGGCAAUUAUUUGCAAGGCAGAGGACGAAGUAGCGUGUGAAAUUACCGGAUGCGUUGUUUUGAAUUCCAAAAGCAUUGUUGUAGCCGACCGCUGGAACACGUCAUUGAAACUAUUGAGCACAGACGCUUCCAAGCCCGAAGUUAUAAGCUGCUUGAAGCUAGAAUGUACCCCGUUUGACUUGACACUGACCCUUGGGGACAAGAUCGCAGUAACAGUUCCAGAGGAGAAGAAGAUAGUGUUUGCGUCUAUUCAGAAGGAAGAGCUUUCUCUUUGUGAUGCGCCUGGAAAGGAGAAGAAAGAUGGAUUAUAUUUGCAUUACAAGUGCUAUGGGAUAAACUACAGCGAACAAAAGCUAUACGUUGUUAUACAAAAGGAUGAUAGCGAAGAAAAUUAUCAACUUUUGAUCUUGAAUGUAGCUGAUGGCUCCACUUUGAAAUCAUUUCCCAUGCAGCAGUAUCGGGGGCUACGGUACUUGGCCAUUUGUCAUGAUAAAAUCUAUAUGACAUCUGACUCGGGCACUUUGCGAUUUAAGAAGCGGACAGAAGAUAUAAAGAUUGUUGAAAAGAAUAGAUUUUCGCACGGCAUCAUCGUAGUCGAUGGGGACAUCAUUGUCUGCAAUAAGUCCAGGAACAGUGUUCACACGGUUUCCCGAAGUAAAUUCGCUUACUUCGCUGGUAGAAGGGAACUCCUUGAGAUUCCGAAGCCCCUGGCACUUUGUUACUGUCCGGACAAAAAGAGACUGUUUGUUUCCCAGUCAAGAGAGAGUGGGGGUAGAGCAAACGUGUUGACUGUUUGUCAGAUGAAGUAGACAAUGUCAGCCCGUACUAAAAGCAUUUGCUGUAAAUGACUCCUUGUAUAACGAUUUUACCAGAGUUACUGCCUAACCUAACUGAAUACAUGCAUUAAAUGGCCUUAUAUAGACCGAGUAACAGCCGAUUAAAGUAACCCAUUUUUAUAUUUGAACAACUAAUCAACAUUAUAUUCUCCAUUCUGGUUUCUGACCACGUGCACGUAGCGUAUCUCGUUUGUAUAUUAAGCCAGACGAAUGUGGUUGUACGUGUUAUAGUAAUAAAGAACAAUGUAUUUGUAUAGACGGUAAUGAAACACAGCAUUAUUUCAACUAUAGUUACUUUUUAAUAGGCAUUUGUUUAUUAUCUUUCUUUCUCGAUUACAUCUGUUCGUUUUAAUACUCUCAUAUGUUUAUCUUCUUUCUG